AUGGAUCGACAGUACAUCAAAUUUUUGGAGAUCUUCAAGAAACUUCACAUAAACAUUCUGUCGGCUGAGACAAUUACCCAGAUACCUAACUAUACAAAAUUCUUGAAACACGUCAUAUCCAACAAAAGUAAGCUAGAAGAGCACAAAAUGGUAAUGUUGACAGUAAAAUACAACUCUAGAAUUCAGAAAAAGUUACCUUCAAAGCUAAAAGAUCCAAGGAGUUUUAAUGUACCCUACACUAUAGGAACUUGCUAUUUUGAAAAAGCUUUAUGUGAUUUGGGUGUUAAUAUUAAUUUGAUGCCACUUUCUAUUUUCAGGACAAUAAUAUUGAGAAAACUUAAGGCAACUAUGGUAGCUCUACAGAUGGCUGAUCGAUCAUUUACUCAUCCACGAUGA